AUGACCCUCUCCGCUUUGCGUACGGCCAUCUCAUACCCGUAUCCAACCGCCAAUCCCGGCCAUGGAUUCUGGGGAGAACAGACGUCAACGCUCAACUUUUGCGAAGAGGAUUAUGCAUUGACUUCGUACUGCGCUGAGUUCUGUAAUACAGUGACAAACGCCCUUUUCCUGUGGCUUGGGAUAACAGGGGUCGUGAACUGUCUGCAAGAGAAACAUCCGUCGAUAUUCUUGAUCUCUUACCUUGGCUACAUGGUGGUAGGACUGGGCUCCAUCCUCUUCCAUAUGACGUUGAAGUAUCCGAUGCAACUGGUCGAUGAGCUGUCCAUGAUAUAUACUACCUGCCUGAUGAUGCACGCCAGCUUUGCAUACGAGCGAUCGCGAGCAUUCUCAGCAACCUUGGGAAUAGGCCUCCUUUCGCUUGCCGGUUCGAUCACGGUUUAUUACCACGUCACGAAGGAUCCUAUCUUCCACCAGGUCGCCUAUGCUAUUCUAACAGCCACGGUUGUCUUCCGGAGCAUGUGGGUGAUGGAGUCGCAGCUACGACCUGUGUUGACUGCUCGCAAUCCAGAGAAGGCGGCCAAUGUGCUGAAUACAAUGUGGGCCAUGAUAGCUACGGGACUCAGCGUCUUUCUUGGGGGAUUCCUGAUUUGGAAUCUCGAUAAUGUCUUUUGCUCCCAGGUGCGACAGUUGAGACAUGCUGUUGGUCUUCCCUGGGCCGUGUUGCUCGAAGGCCAUGCCUGGUGGCACCUUAUGACAGGUCUUGCGUACUAUUACAUUACCUGGGGGACCUGGUUGCGGCAUUGUCUUGCGGGUCAAGACAGCAACUACGUCCUCGUUUGGCCGAGGGUCUUGACUUCAAUCCCGUACUUGAAGAGGGUAGAAGACGGCCAAGGCCAGGACAAGAAGGACCAGUAA